AUGUUUAAUAAUUCUGACAUUGCAAAAAAAAAGUCAAGAGGUCAACUAGCAUUUUACACCAAUUACAACCCUGGACAACCAUAUCAGAGGUUACAUGUAAAGCUACGUGUAUUAGCAAAAGAAUUACAAGAAAUUGUUAAACUCUUAACAGAAAAACCUAUAAUAGAUCAUUCAAAAGUAAAAGAUAUUUAUGAGGUUGCAAAAAAAUUAAGAAUAGGGCUUCAAUUUGCUUAUUUUAAAGUAAAAUGGGGUUUACAAAAAUGUGAUAUAUCAAUGUGUGAAAGAAUGGUAAAACAGAAAUUAGAAGAUUAUAAAAAUUAUCCAAAUAAGCAAAGAACACAUCUUCCAUUUAAUGUUUCUCCUGUACCUCCAUCAAAAAAUAGAUUUACAGAUGAAAAAGCUAAAGCUGUCUUUGAAAUACUUGAUUCAUUAGGAUGA